AUGUACAGCAAGCACGUGCAGCAGCUGCUGCAGGCUGGCAUCAAGUGCUAUCCGCUGCUGCUGCAGCAGCCACCGCAGUCCGCUGACAGCAGCAGCAGCAGCAGCAGCAGCAGCAGCAGCAGCAGCGACAGCAGUGAAGAAGACACAGACAGUGUGGAAGCAGAAGCCUUUCUGGAGCCUUUCGAACUGCAGCAGCUGGAGUGGCUGCGGCAGCAGCAGCAGCUGGUGCCAGAGGCCGUGGCAGCAGCAGCAGCAGCAGCAGCAGCAGCAGAGGCUGCUGCUGCUGCUACGAGUACACACGCGGCAGCCGCCCAGGCGAACUCAGCAGCAGCAGCAGCAGCAGCAGCAGCAGGUUUGCCCGUGGGCUGGGAGCUGCUGGGGCUGACAGCAGCAGAAGCAGCAGAAGCUGUGCUGGAGCAGCUGCAGCAGCAGCAGCAGCUGCUGCUGUCCAGGGGAAGCGAUAGGCGGCACGCAGCUGAUGCUGUCGAUGAGAAGAGCAGCGUGCCUUCCAUGAGAGCAAAUUUCUCCCCUGAGGAUGAGGCCCCGCUGCCUCCUCCAGACCCUCAAAAGGAAGCGGAGUUCGAGGAGUUCAAAGAGCCGACAAAGCGCGAGCUGGAGACUCGCUGGAACGCUUUUUUUGAUGAGCUUUUGAGGAAGCAGCAGCAGCAGCGGGAGCAGCGGGAAGGGGCUCAGCAGCAGGAGCAGCAGCAGGAGCAGCAGCAGGAGCAGCAGCAGGAGCAGCAGCAGCAAGGUGUGCAGCAGCAAACCCUAGAGCUGGAGCCCAUGGAGUAUUCCCAGGAAGCCAUCGAAGCAGGACUUCCAGAGAAGCAUGCAGAGAAAGGCAAAAGAGUGGUGCUCAGCUUGUUGCAAGAGAUGGAAUACUGGAAGAUGCGACUGCGGCAGCAACGACAGGAAGAGCGGCAGCAGCAGCAGGCAGCUGCUGCUGCGGCUGCACGGGGAGAAGACGCCCAAGACGAGGAAGACGGCAGCAGCAGCAGCAGCAGCAGCAGCAGCAGCAGCAGCAGCGGGGGAAGCAGCAAACUGCAUGCGCUGCUGGACGCGGGUUUUUCUGUUGUUAUAAACACCCCAUUUAGUGUCGAAGACCUUUUGAGAGAAAAGCACGGCAUGGAGCAGCAGCAGCAGCGGGAAGGCUCGCAGCAGCAGCAGCAGCAGCAGCAGCAGCAGGAAGGCCUGCAGCAGCAGCUGCUGCAGGAGGCGCAGCAGCAGGACUGGCAGCAACAGCAGCUGCAAGAGUAUGAAGAAUAA